AUGGAUGAUGUGGUUCCAACCAACGUGGCCAUUAGUAGAUUUAAUGGAGGAUCUAGUAAUACUAAAGGUAUUCUGCCUUUGGAAAUUACUAUUGGUGGCAAAACAUCCUUCACGGCCUUCUUUAUCAUUGAUUCAACUGCGGCCUAUAAUCUCCUUUUAGGCCGAGAUUGGAUUCACCCUAAUAUGUGUAUCACAUCAACAUUGCAUCAAAUGUUGAUUUUUUGGGAUGGUAAUGAGGUAAAAAUUGUUGAGGCCAAUAGUAAACCCUUUAUAGCUAAGGUGUAUUCGGCCAAAGCUGCACUUUAUGAUGAAACUGUUGUACCUAUCAAAUUUGUAGGUCAACCAUUAAAGAAAUUGAAGACGUUUCUGAUGAAUCACGCCAAUAAGGAAGAAAAGAAGCGGCAAGCUUUCAGGGCCGAUUGCAUAAGACUGAAAACAUAUCUGGCUGAAAAGAGAUUGGCUAGAGAAGAACAAUUAUAUGAAGAAGUAUCGGCCAGCACGGCCGAUAUAGUUAAAGAAGGUUUGGAAAAGGUAGAUGCAAUCCAACUUGAAGAUCUGGAGUCAAACCCUUCCAGGAUGGAAGAUAAUAAAGCAAAGGUUCAGGUUCCUUUAUAUGAAAUUAAUGUUGGUACUGAAGAAGAUCAUCGGCCAUUAUUUGUUAGUGCUUUGCUUGAGCCUAAUUUCCAGGCGAAUUUGAUCAAAUUAUUAAAGGAAUAUAAGGAUUGCUUUGCUUGGAGUUAUGAAGAAAUGCCUGGCCUAACACGGAAGUUGGUAGAACACAGAUUACCCAUCAAGAAAGAUUUUCAGCCAUAUAAGCAACCACCAAGGAGGAUGUCCAUGGAAGUGAUGCUCAAAAUUAAGGAAGAAAUUGAAAGAAUUCUCAAGGCAGGAUUUAUCCGAACGGUCAGGUAUGUUGAAUGGUUAUCUAAUGUUGUUCCAGUAAUAAAGAAAAAUGGCAAACUUAGAAUUUGUGUGGAUUUUCGCAAUUUAAAUACUGCCACUCUAAAAGACGAAUAUCCAAUGCUGGUGGCCGAUCAACUUAUUGAUUCGGCCGCCAAGCAUGAAAUAAUGUCUUUUAUGGACUGCCAUUCAGGUUGUACUCAAAUUUAUAUAGCCGAGGAGGAUAUUCCCCAAAUGGCUUUUAGAUGUCCUGGGUCAAUUGGUACUUUUGAGUGGGUUGUAAUGCCAUUCGGCCUAAAGAAUGCAAGGGCUACUUAUCAAAGGGCAAUGAAUUCAAUCUUUCAUGAUAUGAUUGGCCGAUUCAUGGAAGUCUACAUAGAUGAUGUGGUUGUGAAAUCAUCGGCCAAAAAAUAG